CCCCCCCAAACGUCCUGCAGAGACAGAUGUUACGAGCCCUUUGACGACGAGAUCCCGGGCUGCAGAUGCGACUCCAACUGUGGCUCCACUGGCAGCUGCUGCUUUGAUUUCCACGACAUCUGCACAAUUCCGACCCAGCAGUGGGAAUGCACAAAGAUCCGGUGUGGUGAGACGAGGCUGACUGAGAGCAAAUGCCACUGUUCUGAUGACUGUCUGUCUGCGGGCGACUGCUGCACAAACUACAAGAACAUCUGUCAAGGAGACACAGAAUGGGUGGAAGGUGAAUGUGUAGACCUGUCGACACCGGCAUGUCCUGCAGGCUUCAAGCAGCAACCACUACUCCUUGUGUCACUGGAUGGACUGAGGGCUGAAUACAUGCAAACAUGGAGCACAGUCAUGCCCGUCCUGAACAAAAUCAGGAAAUGUGGAACAUCUGCUUCAUAUAUGCAGCCGGCAUUUCCAAGCAAGACCUUUCCUAAUCACUACACCAUUGUUACGGGUCUUUAUCCAGAGUCUAAUGGGUUGAUUGACAACACUAUGUACGACCCAGUGUUUAAUGCCACUUUCAGCCUCUCCAACUCUGAAAAAGACAACCCUGACUGGUACCUCGGACAACCCGUUUGGCACACAGCAAGGCACCAGGGUCUGAAGUCUGGAACCUACUUUUGGCCGGGAUCAGAUGUUGAAAUCAAUGGAAGCUUCCCCAACAUUUACAAGCCUUACGAUGGUAAUGUACCUUUUGAAGAAAGAGUCCUGACUGUUCUGAAAUGGCUGCAGCUGCCUGAUAAUGAAAGACCUGAUUUUUACACACUGUAUCUGGAAGAACCAGAUAAAUCAGGACACAGCUUCGGUCCAGUCAGCGGAGGGAUCAUCAUUUCCCUCCAGGGCGUCGAUAGGAUCAUUGGACAGCUCAUGAACGGACUUAAGCAGAUCGGCCUAGACCGCUGCCUCAACAUCCUUAUUGUGGCUGAUCACGGUAUGGAGGAGACAAGCUGCGACAGGAAAGAAGCCAUGCAGGACUUUGGGAUCGAUACCAGCCUUUAUGUGGUCAAUGAGGGGCCAUUUGGACGCAUUCGACCUAAAAACACUGACCCAGUUUUGGACAGCGCUGCUCUGGUUGCUAACAUGGCUUGUAAAAAAACAGAUCAAAAGAUCACCCCGUACCUGAAAACCAACCUACCAAAGCGCUUGCACUACGCCAACAGCCGGCGCAUCGAGGAUGUGAAUGUUCUGGUCGAGCCCAAGUGGUUGUUUGAAAGAAACUCUGGAUCUCUCACAUUCUGUGAUGGUGGUAACCAUGGUUACGACAAUGAUGCCGAGAGCAUGCAUGCCUUGUUUCUCAGUUAUGGCCCCAAGUUUCAAUCUGGAACUGAAGUUGAACCCUUUUCCAGCAUCGAGCUGUACAACCUGAUGUGUGAUGUGCUGGAAAUUAAUCCCUCUGAAAACAAUGGCACCCAUGGCAGCAUGAACCACGCACUGAAGAACCCCUUCCACACCCCCGUGCACCCCGCUGAGCAGAGUGACCCGGGUCAGUGCCCACUGGUCAGCCUAGUUCCUGAAGACAACCUAGGAUGCUCCUGUUCCAGCCUGGAAGGGAAUACCAUCAACAGCCGUUUGAAUUUAACUGCAGAUCAAGUAUCUGCAGCAGAGAAGACGCACAUGCUGUUUGGCCGUCCGCAGAUGCUGCAGUCAGACCAGAGUUACUGCAUCCUCCACCAGGAAGGGUUUGUCAGCGCCUACAGCCAUAAAGUCCUCAUGCCUUUGUGGAGCACCUUCACUGUGGAGAAACCGACCGACAUCUCGCCGUUGCCUCCGGUGAUCUCUGAUUGUUUAAGAGCCGAUGUUAGACUGACACCGUCCCAGAGUCCCAGAUGUGACGACUACGAAACAACCAGCAGCCUGACGCCUGCUUUCCUGUUUCCACCCAACCUGAAUGUUUCAGCGGACCAACAGUAUGAUGCCCUCCUGAUGAGUAAUGUGGUUCCAAUGUACCCCAGGUUCAAGAAAAUAUGGGAUUUCUUCCACAAUAGUUUACUGAAAAAAUAUGCCUUCCAGUAUAAUGGGAUCAACGUUGUCACCGGACCAGUCUUUGACUACAACUAUGACGGGCGGUACGACACCCCCGAACAGAUGACGGAAGCUCAGCGGAGGAAUCUCAGUGGGUGGAGGACCACAUGUGGUUUCAUCAAGCUCGCGUUAAAGACGUGGAGCUGAUUACAGGGUUGGACUUCUAUCAAGGCAGUAAUCGACCCGUUCCAGAACUGCUGAAGAUCAAGACUCGCCCCACAGCCGCCAUCCAUAGAAAAGAAUGACAAAGGAACGUAUAAAAGCUUCCAUUGUUUGGCAGCAGUGUAAUGAUUGUAUCUGUUUAUUUACCUUUUUUCAUAAUUACUCUUAAUUUUACUAUGUGUAUAUUUCAUUGUCCACUUGUUGAUGGAAAAACUUGUUUGCUUUAAAUAUUUAUUGAUAAGAUCAAAUGUCUCUAUAUUUAUAGUUACUCAAAUUUUUGUAACCAAAACAUGCAUUUGAGGAUGAUAUUUUUUUGAUGGCAAAACCAGAAAAAUAUUAAAUGGAUCUGUUGAAUAACGUGUUUCUUGAUUCUU